UUUAAUGACAAGAAAUGCAGUGCAAUUCAGGCCUGUCUGUGAUCGACAUCGGCAAACGCCGUACCGAACUUUUAGAACUAAGUUCCUACAUACAAACAGUAGAUAAUGAUGUAACUAUGAUACUGCAAAGUUUGCAAUGGGAUCGUAAACACUUAAUCGGGGCUGCGCCAUUGAUUUCGUGCAAAUAUGACACAAAUCACAGAGUACCACCAGAUAAAAUGGAAGCCCAUGAGAAGGAAUGUUAUUUAAGAAGCCUGGGUUACUCCAAGGAAGACCUGUUGUUGCCUGAACCACUUGAUGCCAAUGCCAAAACUUUGGUUACACUAAGUAAAAAUGAUGUUCAAAAUAUUAUUGAAUAUGCGGCUAAAGUUGAUCCAACAUUCAAAAAAGGCAGAGGCAGCAGGGACCCCAGCGAGCCGCUAACCCUAGAGCGCCUGCAGCACACCUACAGCGCAGAUGAGCGCCGCGCCAUCCACGACGCCGUGGUCAGCGCAGCACCCUCCUGCCAUGACCUUAGUGAACUGGCGUUACUUAGUGGAGACGGUGAAACUCAGAACACCAAACCUAAGUCUCGUGCGGAGAUCAUAGCGGAGCUGCGCGACAUGAAGCGCCGGCGCGCCAAAUAUCGCGGAGCGGUCAAAACGCGCAACUAUUCCGACGAACUGCGCAGCGUCAUCGCCACACAGAUGGAACACUACUCGGAAGCACUCGGUGCUGCCACUAAAAACAACUCUGAUAUCAACAAAUGCAACAUGGAAAGGCCAAAAGAUUUUAAAGAAAUACAGGUUAAGAAGGAACCUUUGGAAUCAGACCAAGCAUAUGCAACGGAAAAGGAAAAAAGACGAAUUUCUUCAAGAGAAUACGAGCGCCAUCGAGACAAAUUCAGAGACGAAACAAGAGAGAAACCCAAAGACAAUCAUCGCAGAGAGAAAUCUAGAGACGAAACACGUUUUAAUGAGAGCUACAGAGACGAACGUUAUUCCGAAAGAAGAGACAAGUAUAGAGAAAGGGAAAAAUAUGAUGAUUACAAGAGAGACAGAGAUGACAGGAGACAUAGAGAUGACAGAGAUAGGUAUUCAAGCUCUUCUAAAGACAGAAGCAGAGAUGGAAGUGAAUAUAGAAAUAGCGAUAAAUAUAGCGAUUCAAAAAGAAACUACAAGGAUUACAAGCCAUCGAGGAAUAGUGAACGAAAAUAUAAAGAUAAAUAUGAUUCACAUGAAAAGUAUAGAGAAGAGAAACAUAAGAGGUAUUACGAUUAUAAGCAAGAGUAUGAUGUUGCCAAAAAACGUAUAAAGCAAGAGAAAGACUGAAUAAAUUGUAUUGUUUAAGAUA